CGUGUAAUCGGUUCACUUCAUUUAUUUCAAUUCCGCGUUUGUCCGUGCCAAAAUUGCUCCCAUUUCACUCACUCUCUCUCCCUCACAAGUCCUGCUCCCUUAGUUUCCUUUCCAAAAGGCUCAAUGGCUGCCGCCCGUACUGCUUUCUCUCGUGUUGCUCCUGCUAUCGCAAAUGUUCGUGCACGUCCUUCACUGGCUCUAAAACGUGCUGCUUUCGCUCGCGGAUAUGCGACAGCAAGUGAAAACUCGGUAGGAGUUGCGCGUCAUUCUCAUGUAUCAUGCCAAUUCUGAAUCAUUUCGUAGAUGACAGUCCGUGACGCACUCAAUGUUGCCAUGGAAGAGGAGAUGGUGCGCGACGAGAACGUCUUCAUUCUCGGUGAAGAGGUAGCUCGCUACAAUGGUGCCUACAAGGUCACCAAAGGUCUUCUUGACAAGUUCGGCGAGAAGCGUGUCGUUGAUACUCCCAUCACUGAGAUGGGUUUCGCUGGUAUUGCUGUUGGGGCUGCACUCUCAGGUCUACGACCAGUAUGCGAAUUCAUGACCUUCAACUUCGCCAUGCAAGCCAUUGACCAGAUUGUCAACUCUGCUGGAAAGACUUACUACAUGUCCGGUGGAAAUGUACCCUGUCCCGUUGUCUUCCGUGGCCCCAACGGUGCUGCCUCUGGUGUCGGUGCCCAGCACUCCCAAGACUAUGCAGCUUGGUAUGGCUCAAUCCCCGGUCUCAAGGUUGUCAGCCCUUGGAGCGCAGAGGAUUGUAAGGGUCUUCUCAAGGCUGCUAUUCGAGAUCCUAACCCAGUCGUAUUCCUCGAGAAUGAGAUGAUGUACGGUAUUACCUUCCCCAUGUCUUCAGAAGCCAUGUCAGACAACUUCACCAUUCCCAUCGGCAAGGCAAAGGUCGAGCGUGAAGGAACCGAUGUCACUAUCGUGGCACAUAGCAAGAUGGUCACGCACAGUCUAGAGGCCGCUGACAUUUUGGCAAAGGAGGGUGUCAAGGCUGAGGUUAUCAACCUCCGUAGCAUCCGUCCUUUGGAUAUUGACACCAUCAAGGCAUCAGUCAAGAAGACCAACCGUCUACUUAUCGUUGAGGGUGGUUUCCCCGCCUUCGGUGUUGGUUCCGAAAUCUGCGCACAGAUCGUCGAGAGCGAAGCCUUUGACUACCUUGAUGCUCCAGUUGAGCGGGUAACUGGUGCUGAUGUCCCUACACCUUACGCCACCAACCUGGAGGCACUCGCAUUCCCCGAUACACCUCUCAUCGUGAAGGUCGCCAAGCGGGCACUUUACAGGACCAACUAGGCACACUUAUACUUUUGUCCACUGCAUUUGCUUUCAUAAUUACACACUCAUGGGCGUUAGUAGUCCUCUGGCCGCAAUAGAUAUAUCACCCGUCUAAAUUGGACAUGGUCAGACCGGCCUGCGUGCCCGGUCGGUAAAAGUUGCACUCUUGCCAAGUGGUGGGUUUAAUAAUUGCUCAC